GCUCUGCUUGAGAGCCGCUGCGGGUCAGCAGUCAAUGCUGACCUUGAUAGACUGAGGAUCUGACUCGGUAUAAGCAGCGUCGUGUAUUUGGGAGGUGAUUGAGCCAUCUCUGAAUUCACUGUGUAGAUGGUGGCACCACUGUUAGAAUACACCAGCUCCACUUUCACUAGGACUGGGACUGAUUUCCAUAUUUGGAACUAGGAAACUGGAGAGAGAGAAAAAACCCAGCAUUCUCUCUCUUCUCUUUAGCCUGCUCCUGAACGAGCCAUAAAGAAGACAGAAGCCCAAUGCUUCACAAAAGAUGUUUUCCGACCCAUCUACCUCCUCUUCUGCCACAACGAGACUCUCCUUCCUUGCAACAUUUAAAGUUCGCAAUAUCUGUGGCCUACUCACCAGAAGAUCGCAGGGAUUUUACACAAAAGAUGCUGGUGUGGUCUAUAGGAAAAACAUGGGAAUCCUGAGGAGGUUGAUUUGCCAGGAAAGUACAACGUUCAAGAAUGUUUGGACAACGCAUUCCACGUCUCCAAUUGCUUAUCAAAGUGGAAAGAUUUAUUUUGACAAUUAUCGGUGCUGUGUGAGCAGUGUCACUCCUGAGCCAAGGAUAAUUUAUCAAAUGCCAGUGUGCCCUAAAUCAGAAAAAAUAGAAGAUGCUUUAUUACUGGAAUGCCCUGUGGGUGAAGUGUUGCCAAACCCAUCAGACUACAAACCUUCCUUAGCAGUUCUGACAGCUCAUAACUGGCUUUUUCGUCUCUCUGCAAGUACUGGAGAAAUAGUUGAAAGAGUGUAUCUUGCCUCCCACUGCAAAUUCAGAUAUUUGAGCUGGGACACGCCUCAAGAGAUCAUGGUUGUGAAAUCGGCUCAGUGUAAGGUCCAGGAAACUGCACGGCAGGCAGGCAUCCAACAGUCUGUGCUUUUCUUUCUUGCUGCAUUCAGAGUUCUGCCACUUUCAUUUAUCGGAAUGCUAGAAAUUGACAAAAAAAUCUUUGGAAACAGCAUAACAGAUGCCACAAUGUCUCAUAGGAUGCUGAUUGUGAUGCAUAGUGCAGGACUUGUCAGGCUGUAUAGCUUCCAGUCUAUCUCUGAAAAGUUUAUGAUGCAACAAGUGGAUUUGGAACAUGAAUGCAACUGGAAUGGCAAAGUUGGCAUUGUGGGACAAUAUCCUUUUGGCAUUCCUUGUAAUAUUAAAAUAACAGAUACUCCAGACGUGCUUUUUGAAGUGUCUUCCCUGGAGAACACAUUUCAAGUUGGAGGAUACCCAUGGCAUUACAUCAUUACUCCUAACAAGAAGAGCCAAAGAGGAAUCUUUCAUGUUCGUUCUUUAAAAGACCACACUUUGGCAAAGAACGGCAUACAGGACAUGAAGUGUUGCUCGUUGGAGCCUGAUUGGAUAUCUUUCCACCCAGACAGUUCUGGAAGAAUACUCCAUGUGGGACCAAAUUUGAUUAAAAUUUUGAAACUGAAGGAAACUGAAAGCAUCACAGAACAGCAGGAAGUCAAAGAAGACUUUAUCAUUGAGGCCAACAGGGAAAAUGAUGUUAACAACUCUGUAACUGUAACAUCUUCUGGCCGAGUAGUAAAGAAGCGUAUUAACAUACUGGAUGACGACCCAGAACAAGAGACUUUCAAAAUUGUGGACUACGAAGAUGAACUUGAUUUACUGUCUGUUGUGGCAGUUACUCAGAUAGGAAGUGAUGGGGCAGCUCACCUGGAUUUCCACUGUAAUGAGUACGGGACUCGACUCAAGCGCAUUCUUUUUGCAGAGCCUUGGGAUGUGACUUACAGCCAUGAAGUUUACUUCGACAGAAAUGUGGUGUUGCACAUCGAACAAAAGCCCAACAGGAUCUUCAGCUGUUACGUUUACCAAAUGGUCUGCAGUAGUUCAAAAGAGGGUGAAGACAUAAGAAAAGAUAAAAGAAGGCGACGGUUAUGUAAAAAAAUGGGAAGAACUUUUGAGUGUUUUUAAAGAAUCCCUGUUGUUUUAGAGGCUUUGUUAUGGACAGCAUCCAAAGAGCUGGAAACCACACUGGGCUGGUUAAUAACUGUUAUUCAGCUCCACCUGAGUAAAUAUGAAUCCCUUAAGAUAAUUUUUUUUAAGCCACUGCAAUGCAUUACUUAGGUGUAAUGACAUUAUUACUGCCCAUGAUGUUUGGCACAAGAAAAGAUGUGCAAAAAGAGACAUUUUCUUGUACCAGUUUCUAUUGACAGAAAGAGAUACAAGCUUUCAGGAAGCUCAGGCCCUGUCUGGGAUCUAAAGAGAUUUCUUUCAUGAGUGGAAGACACUCCUGCCCACUCAAGGCGAGGUCCUCGAUCUCAUAGUCCAGCAACAGCCCAUUUCACAUUCCCCUCCAAUUCAGAUGGAUCUCUUAUUCCUCUGUUUUUUGGAUGGUUCCAGAGGGGUUGCAACAGAUAGGAAAAGUUGGGAUAGCCCCAUUGGGCAAGCAGAGGUUUGCUCAGAGUUUCUGAGCUCCAAUGCCAUAUUUAUUUAUGUAUUUUUUAAAUUAUUGAAAUGUAUGUCCUACCUUUUAUCUGUAAAUAAGAACUCAAUGGCAUAUUACAGCCAUUUUAAAAUUCCAUGAACCAGA